AUGGCUGCUCACAUCCACAUUUUUCCAGAAUCCAACUUUGCGGCACUAGCCCUUGGGUUGGAUCCAUCAUCCCAAACAGCAGCUUUCCGCCGUGAGAAAGGUGGACGGGGUCCCUCUGAGUCUUUGACUGCACCUCAUGUUCGCAGCGACCCCAUGUCACUGCCUGCCGCUGCCGCGGCUCUCCACCGAGUAAGCUUGUCAGCUGCCACACGCUUCACCGAGGCCAACGACACCUCGUGA